AUGUCCAAAGAUAAGAAUGUCGAGCCAAAGGUUAUAGAUGCGAUGAUAGAGGAUGUUUCUGUGAAGCAAGGGAAGAAAAGAAAGAGAACGACGCUGAAGAAUGAAGAAGCACGUGGAGCUCCUGCUGCAGCAGCGCCUCAAGACACGGGCAAGAAAGCGGAUUUCAAAAUCAGUACCAGUGCAAAAUCACACGUGGUUUUCGAAGAAAACAACGCCGGACAUGUUAGUAAAGUUAAAAAGCACACUGGCCCGGAGUCAAAGUCAAAGCCACAGGAACCUCGCCAGCACACCAAGUCAAGCUCGACAAGCCAAAAGACACGACAACCAGACAAGUCCAGGAGUAAGCAUUCCUCGACAGCACGGCAGCCCGAACAUCGCGAAAAUGUACCUCAGCACCUCAUCAAGAAACGCGAUGCAUUAUUACCUGUCCGCAAGGCACUGCCAAUCUGGUCGCAAGCCGACACGAUCAAAGCAUCGUUGAAGAAGAACAACGUACUCGUACUCACCGGAGAAACUGGAUCCGGAAAGUCAACCCAAGUCCCACAAUUCCUUCAUAGCGAACCAUGGUGUACGAAAUGUAUAGCCAUCACGCAGCCUCGUCGAGUCGCCGCGAUCUCUCUGGCCCGCCGUGUCGCCGAAGAGAUGGGCAGUUUUAUGGGUAGCCAAAGCCCGACGGCCAAAGUUGGUUAUAGCGUUCGAUUCGAUAAUGCUACAGGACCGGGGACGAAAGUCAAAUUCCUCACUGAGGGUAUGCUGCUGCAAGAGAUGCUGAGAGAUCCGGCGAUGUCGCAGUAUAGCGCGAUUGUGGUAGAUGAAGUCCACGAGCGUAGCGUUAACGUGGAUCUUAUUCUGGGGUUCUUGAAGAACCUCGUCGCGGAUAUGGAGAGUGGGGCGCAGACUAAGCGGAAGGAUCCGUUAAAAGUCGUGAUCAUGAGUGCUACGGCCGAUGUGGAGAGUCUGGUGGAGUUCUUCGGGAAUAGUCAGACUUCUGCAACGUCGAGCGAGGAUAGUAAGAUUGAGCGGCAGAUCUCCACGUGCUUUGUGGAGGGUCGACAGUACCCUGUUAAGACGACAUAUCUUCCUGAGCCGACACAGGAUUGGGUCGAGGCUGCGCUCAAAAUCAUCUUUCAGAUUCAUUACAAAGAGCCGUUGCCGGGCGACAUCCUGGUGUUUCUCACGGGUCAAGAUACUAUUGAAGGACUCGAGAAGCUUAUCAAUGACUAUGCUGAGGGAAUGGAGAAGGAUGUGCCUAAGCGUAUUUUCCAACCGACACCAUAUCGCACUCGAAAAGUCAUUCUCGCUACCAACAUCGCAGAAACUUCAGUCACGGUCCCUGGUGUGCGCUAUGUGAUCGACUGCGGCAAGUCCAAGGUCAAGCAGUUCCGCAACCGUCUGGGCCUCGAAUCGCUGCUUGUCAAGCCAAUCUCGAGAUCUGCUGCAAUCCAACGCCAAGGUCGUGCUGGUCGUGAGGCAGCGGGACAUUGCUACCGACUAUACACUGAAGAUGGCUUCAAGACCAUGGAAGAGCGAACAACGCCAGAGAUCCUGCGCUGCGAUUUGAGCCAGGCCAUCCUAACGAUGAAAGCACGGGGAGUGGAUGACGUGUUGAACUUUCCAUUCCUCGACCGACCGCCGCGUGAAGCACUAGAGAAAGCACUUCUCCAACUUUUGCACCUGCAAGCACUGUCGGAGGACGGCAAAGUCAGCGAAUUCGGCCUCAAGAUUGCCAAAUUCCCAUUGACACCCACACUCGGACGCGUCUUAGUCGAAGCAGCCAAACCCGAGCGCGACUGCCUCCUCGACGUCAUCGACAUCAUCUCCGCUCUCAGUGUGGAAAACGUCUUCUUGAACCUCGUCACCGAAGAGCGCAAAGAAGAAGCCGAAGAAGCGCGCCGCGAGAUCUACCGCCGAGAAGGCGACCACCUAACUUUGCUUGUAACAGUCCAGCGCUACGCCGAAGAACGCACAGAUCGCAAAUCGUGGUGUGAGAAACACUUUGUAUCUCAUCGCGCGAUGCAAAAUGUCAUGAACAUUCGGAAACAGCUACAACAGCAAUGCACGGCUCUCAAAAUGCUGUCAAAAGACGAUAUCGACCAGGAAGUCUCUUCUGCGCCAUCAGAAGCUAGAAGCCAGGCAAUCUUGCGGUGUAUGUUGCGAGGCUUCAUAUCGAACACUGCACGUCUGAUGCCUGAUGGGAGUUACAAAACACUCAUGGGAAACCAAGCAGUGUCUAUUCAUCCCAGUUCCGUGCUGUUUGGCAGGAAAGUGGAAGCAAUCGUAUUCAACGAAUUCGUGUUCACCGGGAAAGCAUGGGCGAGAGGAGUCAGUGCAGUGCAAUUAGACUGGGUGUCUGAAGUCGUCGACGCAAUCAUGUGA